GAGAACAGUUCCCAGUGUGAGACUCAAGAGGAAAAAUGUAAUGGUUCCUGCUCAUGUUGAGACGGUAGAUGGCUCGCAGUGGCAGAAUAUAGAUAAUUCUGAUGAAAAAGACAAAUAUAUCGGAUAUAAUAUAGAAAAAGUAGAGUCACGUCAAUCAUUACGAGGCAUUCACAUUUCUGAAACUCCACGAGUAAAGAUAAUUGCGGAAAAGUUUUCAAAGUUAAAGAAAAAUAACGUUGAAUUGAGGAAACUUGAUGAGAAAGUAGUAUGUGUGGAAUACGACGUUUACGUAGGGGACAAUAUGUCGAAGCCGCAACAGACUAUGAGAGCGUUUUUCUCUAUAAAACCCGCCUGCAAAGAAGAAGAAAAAGGCAAAACUUUUAAAGAAAGCGUAACCCCCUCCGUGGUACCUUCAAAAAUAAAACAAACAUUUGAAAUAGGAGACGAGGAUUUAAAAAAGUCGAAAGAAAAAGAGAUAGAAAUGAUUGAUGGUAAGAUAUCCGAGAACAGAUCUUACUUGGACGAUCUGAAAAAAAUUUUGAAACACAAUCAUGCUGUAGCAAAAAAGAACAAGAACACGUUGGAUUUGAUGUCUCUGUACGAGAUGGCGAAGAAAGAAGUCGCUCCGCUAAAUUCUAAUAGUAAUCUUCUAUCGAAAGCUGAAUUGGAAGAGAUAAAAGAUUUGAUUUUAAAUAAAUGUGCGUCAAGCGUGCAAGGUAUUAGUCGAAGAAGAGUUAAACGCGAGUUGGAUUCGGAAUUUGGCAAGGAGAGAGGCGUCCUAUCUCAAAGCCUCGUAGCAGAGUUGAUGAGAGAAGGGAAUGUAUGAUUGUAAAAUAAA